UGGAAAAUGAAUUGGCCCAAGACAAAAGGGACUCCAGCUCUCCAUGUACUUGGCUAGCUUUUAGGAAAAGAAGAAGCUCUUCUUCCCUCAGGCAGCAGGCGAUGGCUUCUUUAGUUCGUGGGGCGGGAAACUGGGAAUUGUGGGAGAAGAAAUAAUAAUAAAAAUAAAGCUAGCUCUCUCUCUCUCUCUCUCUCUCUCAUCUGAAUCAUCCAAAAACCUCUCACUUUGCCUCCAAUUUCUGAAACCCUAGUAAUCAAUCAUGCCCUACUAAAACCACAAAUCGAAUGGCAUUUUCUUCACAAUUCCAACAGCAUCGUGAAGCGAGGUACGUUCCGCUUGAUAUCGUCUACUCUGCAACCUCUCCCUGUACUGGAUACUCGAAUGUCAUGUCUAAGAAGGUGAAAGCUAAGAAAUUCACCCUCCCCAACGACGCCGUUUCGUCGGAUCCCAAGUCGCCUCUGCCGAAACCGCCUGUUAUUCACUUUUAUACUCGCAGUCGCUGUCGAAAGAGGACUGGUGCUGGUUAUGAUACUUUUCUCUCCAAUUUGAAGGCGGUUGCUGUUCAAGUCAAGGUUGAGGAUGUUGAAUUUGGAGGAGAAGAUGGGGGUUUGGGGAUUGAUAGUCAUAAGAAGAGGAAGAUGAGUCAGGAUAUAGGGCUUGAUUUGGCUUGUAUUGAUACUCCAAGGUUGAGAGGAUCAUCUCAGAAACCUAAUGAUAGAACUAAUGGUAGCGGAAGAAGACGGAAAAGCAACAACAAAAUUGGUUGUCAGAAAGUUGGUGAUGAAGUUGAAGCAUCCGAGCUUGAGAUUGCCAAUGCAGAGAAAUCGACCACAGCUGCAAGUCGCACCAAGCGAUGGGUGCGGUUGAAAUUUGAUAGCGUGGAUCCUCAGAAGUUUGUGGGAUUAGAAUGCAAGGUUUAUUGGCCGUUGGAUGCUGAUUGGUACUUUGGUCGUAUUACAAAGUAUGACACAGAGAGUCACCGCCAUCAUGUUGAAUAUGAAGAUGGUGAUGAAGAGCUAGUUGUUCUAUCUAAAGAAAGAAUCAAGUUUCAUGUGUCUGCAGAGGAGAUAAAAUGUCUAAAGUUGACUUGUGAUCUUCAUUGUUCAGAAACAGAUGACCUUGAUGUCAACGAGAUGAUUAUACUGGCUGCUAAUCUGGAUGAUUGUCAUGAUAUUGAGCCUGGGGACAUAAUAUGGGCCAAACUCACUGGUCAUGCUGUGUGGCCGGCAAUUGUGUUGGAUGAGUCAUUUGUUAGCAUUCGUCGAGGUCUAAACAAGCUUUCAGGCGAAAAGUCUGUGCUCGUACAAUUUUUUGGCACCCAUGAUUUUGCCAGGGUUAAAACAAAGCAAGUGAUUUCAUUUCUUAAAGGGCUUCUAUCUUCUUUCCACCUGAAAUGCAAGAAAUUGGAUUUUAUUCGAAGCUUGGAGGAGGCAAAAAUGUAUCUUAGCAGACAAAAACUUCCAAGGAGUAUGUUACAGCUGAGGAAAGGCUUUGGCACAGAUGUUGAAGGUGAUAGCGAAGAGGAUGAAUGUAAUGGCGGCUCAAAAAAGAGUUGUUUACGCACCGAAAUAGAAGAGAGAAAUAUCAAAGGCUCUAAAAGUUGCCCUUUUAUAGUAGGGGAUCUGGAAGUAUUAAAGCUUGGUAAGAUGGUUAAAGACAUGGAUUGUUUUGAUGAUGAGGAAUCUUUCUGUCCUUUAGGUUAUACCGCUACUAGAAAGUUUCCUUCACUAGCAGAUCCAAGUGUAUGCUCUGUAUAUAAGAUGGAAGUGCUGAGAGAUGCUGGUGCAAAAUCCCGACCUCUGUUUAGAGUUACGACAGACGAUGGUGAUCAGUUUGACGGACCUGAUCCUUCGACGUGUUGGAAUAACAUUUACCAAAGAAUAAGAAAGAUGCAUUCAAGUAGUUCUGAUAAUUCUCAGGCUGAAGAUGCAUCUGAGAGCUUCUUCAAAUCCGGUGCUGAUAUGUUUGGUUUUUCUGAUCCUCAUGUGUUGAAGCUUAUACAGGGGACAUCGAGUUUGAAGUUGACAUCAGGGAGAACACAAAGCAUGCCAAUUGGUUACAGACCUGUUCAUGUUAAAUGGAAGGACCUGGAUAAAUGCAAUGUCUGUCACAUGGAUGAGGAAUAUUCCAACAAUUUGUUUCUGCAGUGUGAUAAGUGCAGAAUGAUGGUUCAUGCAAGGUGUUAUGGGGAACUGGAACCUGUUGAUGGAGUCCUUUGGUUAUGCAACUUAUGUCGUCCAGGGGCACCUGAGCUUUCCCCACCUUGCUGCCUUUGUCCAGUCAUAGGAGGUGCAAUGAAACCUACAACAGAUGGACGCUGGGCUCAUCUUGCAUGUGCUAUGUGGAUACCAGAGACUUGCUUAUCUGAUAUCAAGAAAAUGGAGCCUAUUGAUGGUCUGAAUAGAGUUAGUAAGGACCGUUGGAAGCUUUUAUGUAGCAUCUGUGGUGUUCCUUAUGGAGCUUGUAUACAGUGUUCCAACAAUGCAUGUUAUGUUGCGUAUCAUCCGCUUUGUGCUCGUGCUGCUGGAUUUUGUGCUGAGCUUGCAGAUGCUGAUAGACUGCAGCUGGUCCCUAUAGACGAGGAUGAGGAGAAUCAAUGCAUUCGUUUAUUGUCAUUUUGUAAAAGGCAUAGCCCUAAUCCUUUGAUUGAACGUCCUGUUCCUGAUGAACGAAUGGGUCAAAUAUCAAGUCAGCAUUCAGAUUAUGCUCGUCCCGUGAAUCCUUCCGGCUGUGCUCGCACUGAGCCUUAUGAUUAUUUUGGGAGAAGAGGAAGAAAAGAACCCGAAGCCCUUGCUGCUGCAUCAUUGAAGCGAGCAUAUGUUGAAAACAUACCGUAUUUAGAGGGCGGUUUUUGCCACCAUGAUUCCUUAGGCAAUUCUGAUAUUGGUAAACUUAAAAGUUCGUUGCUUGAGUCUCAUACAAGCAUAUUUUCUAUGUCUGAGAAGUAUAUAUACAUGAGGACAACAUUCAGAAAGAGACUAGCAUUUGGGAAAUCUGCAAUACAUGGUUUUGGCAUUUUUACAAAACAACCACACAAAGCGGGUGAUAUGGUAAUUGAAUAUACUGGUGAAAUUGUUAGACCUUCGAUAGCUGACAGAAGAGAGCACUUGAUAUACAACUCACUCGUAGGUGCAGGGACAUACAUGUUUCGGAUCGAUGAUGAACGCGUAAUUGAUGCCACAAGGGCUGGAAGCAUUGCACAUUUAAUUAACCACUCCUGUGAACCUAAUUGUUAUUCAAGAGUUAUAAGUGUGAAUGGUGAUGAACACAUAAUCAUUUUUGCCAAGAGGGAUAUUGCACAGUGGGAAGAACUCACAUACGACUACAGAUUCUUUUCAAUUGAUGAACGACUUCCAUGUUAUUGUGGUUUUCCAAGUUGCCGGGGUGUAGUUAACGACAUUGAUGCUGAGGUACAAAUGGCCAAGCUAUAUGCACCACGCAGUGAAUUAAAAGACUGGACGGGAGAAUGAGUUGAGGUAGGUUGUAGGGUGCGUGGAACACUUACGAGAGAUCUACACAAACACAGAAACUUGGUAACAACUUGAAGCUUAGGUGGCGUUUGGUAAACAAUAAUAUGAGUUGAGAUGGAAUCUAUUACAAGGGAAUGGAAAAGCUUUGUUUGGUUACUACAUUGGAAUGAAAUGGAACAUCCCUCAUGGAACAAGUCUUUUUCAUGAAGUAGCUUUCAUUCCAUGUGGGAGGGGUUUCUUUUUCCAUUCCAUGAUGGACUGGAUUGAUAAGUUACAACUAUUUCUUUUUGGGUUUUUAUGAUAUUUUAUUUAAUCAAAUUUUAAAUUUUGUUAAACAGUUAUCAAACUAUAUAUUUAAUUUAAAAUAGAUACAUUCAUAUGUAACUUA